GCGUCUGAAAUGGAAAACGAAGAUGGUCGCAAUUUGUUUGUCAACGAACUCACUCGUUUUUUGUUUCCUGAAAUUUUCCCUCAGAAAUCCAGCGAUUCUAAGUUUUGUGAUCUCAGAACAGUGAAAUAUUUUCUUCAGUUAUUAGUGUUCAUCGAUGGUUGGAUCUUCGCUCUCCCAUGGUGCAUUUCUGGAAAAAAGUUAAUGCGUAGUUCUCGUGUCGCGCUGCAAAAUUUGUCGAACCCGCGCUUUUGGCGCCUGAUCCCGAUUUAAUAAUCUUCUUUUUCCAGUUUUCCCAAGCAUUUAUCAAUUUUGUUCACUAUCAUUUGCAUCAGCGUGGAACCAGAAUCCGUCGUAAAUUUCUCUUUUACUCCGAAAUUUUCCUCUGUAAACGAAAAGUAACGUCUCUUGUCACUCCCGCCAAAACUUCUGAUCUCAGUUCGCUUCAGAACUUAGGUUAUAAUUGUACAUGCUUAUUUGUUUACUUCGAAAAAAGUAUGCCCUUUAAUCGAAUAUUCUCCGUUAAUACAGCCAUCCCUCAUUUCUCUCAUCGUACGUCUGUGGAUUCAAUAUAGCCCCUGCAAAUUCUAGAAGUUCUGUUGCCAUGUGAUGAAUUUUUUGGGCUACUGCCUUUUUCCUGAGUCUGUGUUAUUCUUGAUCUCAUGAGUAUGCCAUCCUCAACUCGCUCAGUAACUGAAAGAUCUCAUAAACCGCACAGCACAACGCCCGUCUCGGAACGACAGCAGAUGGCAUUGCUGCUGCAAAUGACUGCUGAUACCUCUCAAGAUUCUGAAAGUAGUCCUAGCAGUCGCCCGAAAAGCCAAGUGAAUGAAAGAGGAGAGACACCUCUCCACCUGGCUGCAAUCAAAGGAGACGUAACCGCUGUCAACCAACUACUCUCUGAUGGAGCAGACCCAAACUGCGCUGAUUUUGCAGGGUGGACGCCUCUGCAUGAAGCUUGCAAUCGUGGAUGGUUUGAGAUUUCACAGGCCCUCUUAAAAGCAGGCGCAAAUGCAAAUGCCCGAGGUCUCAAUGAUGAUACGCCUUUACAUGAUGCAGCAGUCAACGGACACUUUGAGCUGGUGCGGCUGUUGUUAGAGUAUGGAGCCGAUCCUAAUCAAACAAACCGUAAAGGAAAGAAGGCAGAAGAUGUGGCAGCAUCCAUUUACGUUAAGAAACAUCUCCGCUCAAAAUCUCGUGAAUCCACUAGCAAUGCAGGUAGUGGCAGCGAGCAGGAUCAGCCUGAUUCGGCCCAAAGUUCAGACUGCACAAGCACGACACCAACACGAAGCACGCCAUAUGAAAUGCGAAGGUCUCUCAAUUCAAAUAAAGCUGAAAGAUCUCCCCGUGUUACUUUAAGGUUGUCUCAAGUGAAGAAAGAUGAAAAGAAAGAGCACAGCAAAACAUCCAACCAAGUAAACGAAUCCUCCUCAGAAAGAGCUGAGUCGACUAUGGAAUCAAGUGAAAGUAACAAAGAAGACACUGCAAAGGAACUGUCUAACGGCAUGGCUGACGAGAAGACCAACUCAAACGAGGCUGAAAGCAGUGGAACGUCGGCUGCAAGUGGGGAAAAUGCGCAAGUGCAACAAACAGAGACUGAACAAGACAACAAACGGCCUCAUCCAGGAGCAACGGAGGAAGAUGAGGAAGGGAAGAAAAAGAAGGCACGGAAAGAGGAGCCUCCGACAACUCCACGCAGCAAAAGUGGAAGCACAAGCGGGGGGAGCCCUAAAUCUGCAACUGGUGCUGACAGCGAUGGAGAGGGACCCAAGGUUCCUCCCCUGAAAAUAGUCAUUCCUCCAAGAGAGCAGGAAGGUGAUACUGGAACGGGGAGAAAUGGUGCCUCGGGUCUACCUUACAUAGUUGCGUCCAACGAUGACCCAGCUCCGUCUAGUCCUCCUGCAGGCUCCACAGAAGAAUCAAACCUGAGCGAAGAGCAACAAAAGUCACAAAGAGUGCUCCGCAGCUCUCACAGCAGUCGGUCAAAUGGAGGAAGCAGUGGCUCCUCUCCCGUCGCAGCUGACACUGCAUCACCUCAACCGGCGGAACCGGAACCUCCUCCAGAGCCGGCGGAACCUCCCCAGGCGCCGCCCGUUGAACUCCAUCCUCGCAAGAGGAAGCUCAAGUCAAGCCGAGAAGUCACCGAACCGAGCGAACCAGCUAUAUCAGCAAGCCCUGUCCAUCCGCACGAUCAACCCAUCACCAAUUGCUAUCAGCUCUUCUUGAAUAUUCGCAAACAGAUUGACCGACGGAGGAAACGUCUGUUUCCAGUCCAACCCAAACCACCACAAGGUUUCAAAGACUAUCUAAUGAAUCGGUGUACGUACGUCCUCGCUGGCAACACAACCAUCUCGCCCAACCAACCUCCUGCUAGUCUUCCAGCCUCGAUCAAAGACUUCUUCAUCGAGCAAGAGAAAGAGCGAUAUCGCUUAAGGAGACAGCAUAUAAUAGAGAAAGAAAAACUGGUGCUCAGCGUCGAACAGGAAAUACUCAGGGUGCACGGUCGUGCAGCGAGAGCAUUGGCCAAUCAGUCGUUGCCAUUUUCCGCUUGCACGAUCCUCAAAGACGAAGAGGUGUACAAUUUCAUCACACCCGAACAAGAAGAGAAAGACAGGAAUGCUCGAUCAAGAUACAACGGCAGGCUGUUUUUGUCAUGGCUUCAAGAUGUAGAUGAUAAGUGGGAAAAAAUCAAGGAGGGGAUGCUUUUGCGGCAUCACAAGGAAGCCCAAAGUUUGCAUGCCGUCCAGAAAAUGGACUGGGAAUGGAAAAUGAAAGAGUUGGGUCUCUGUGAAUUCAAAGCAAAGCCUGUGAUUGAAGACUCGCAUGUUCCGAACGUUCAUGUCAGCGAUGACUUCGAUCUCUUACCAGCCUAAUCCUUCUCUUUAAAAAAAAAUUUUCAAUCAAAAGGAUAACGUCUAUAUUCAGAAUUGUCCAUCUCAUCAUCAUCGGCUUGAGUUAUUUUAAGUUUUAGUGGAACUUAAAUCAGUGAUAUUUAUUGUAGUGUUAGUUUGUUGUAAUUAUUCCUGACCUUUUAACAGAAAACCCUCUUUUGUUUCUUCAAGAGUGAAAAUUCAUGAAUAACUCUGAGAGUUGGGAUCAGCAGAAAAAUUGUAUUGGUAGCACUGAUAAGACUGAUGAAUCCGUCAGGUGGUGAAAUAUCUUAGGUAGAGACUAGUAAAUGAAUUUAAUGAUGUACUGCAAGGCAACGUUUUUUCGUUUUUGGAUUUGGUACAAUUGAUGUACAUUCCAGUUCUCUGUAGAGAGUGGACUCAAAUUUUUGGCGGGCUCUUCUGGAGUAACUGUAGCCUGAUUGGCCAAGGCUUUCAGCAGAAUUUUUAGCACAGUUUCUUGAAGUAGCUGUUACUCCUAAAGUUGGAUUAUUCAGAAGUGAACUCUGUGUUACUUAAAUAUUUUUAGUGAGCAAGAAUAAGAAGAAAGAUUUUUCUAACUUGGUACUUCAUCCCUAAACAGGUGUUGAAAUGUAUUUAUUUUUUUUUUUUAAAAAAAAACAAUGGAAAUAAAUGAAUAAAAAUCAGAAUAAAAUUAGUAGGUAAUUAAUUAGAUAUAAAAUAAAAUAUUUGAAUCUUCAUAGGUAUGAACCUCUUUGGUGGUUGGAUGGAGUCAGCCAAUGGAUCAUCCUGAUUCUGGACGUUUGAAAGAGUUACAUCAUUGAUUGUAACAGAAACGUACUCAUUUCCUGUCUUUUAUUCAAUGAAAUAUUUACUAUCAUUGCCCGGCAAAUUUUUCUGUCAGAGCUACCAAACUCCUUUUAGAGUUUUCCAUAUUUAGUGGUCUCAAGUUAAGUUACACUGACAUAAUGAGCACAAUUAUCCUAGGUUUAAAAAAACCUAACUAUCGCUGUUGAACGAACAUAGUUUUUGUGAACCAUCACUGUUUUGUUUGGUCACCCAAUUUCAUGUAUGUAUUUAGUUGUUCAAUACUUUUCACUUGUUUGAGGGUUAUCUAAAAAGAUUCGUUGGGAAUUAUUGAUGUUAGUGCAAGAAAGUUAGGCCCCUAAAUUGCAUCUUGCUCUGAUUUCAAGAAACAAGUGUUAAUAACCAUAGCUGUGAGUGAUAAACCUAAAAAUAUGAUUUUUCCCCCUCGCUUCUGAAUUUGUUUUGUGUACAAUCAGGAAGCGUUGGAGUAUUUGGUAGUAUUAAAAUAAAAUCUUGAGUAGUUGUAGCGUCAGAAAUUUUUCAACUUACAGAUUGAUCCUAUAUGUGUUAAGGAAGUCACUUUCCAAGUGCUUUGAGACAGGGAUGUCGAAAUUUCUCAGCGGUCCCAUUUUUCAUUUUUGCCUUCUCAUGGUAAAAUUCUCCCUCUUAAAUUUUCUCAAUUUCACCCCCCCCCCCUAUAAUGGCUGCUCGAUUUUCCGGAAAACUGAAGAUUUUCAUGCUGACGUGAGCCAGCCUUCAUACUUAGUCCCUUUUUAUCAGUUUUCCCAUCUCAAAACCUGUUUUCGAAGCUUCUCUAUUUUAGCUUGUGACUUAUCUCAACCAGCAGGUUGCUUAGUUGAAAAUUUUCUGUACCCCUGGUUUUAGAAUCAACUUUUUGAAAUUGUAUUAAAAGAGGGAAAAUUUUUAAUUCACAUCUCAUGAGUCAUUGACACAUUUGUUUUCAAAUAAGUGCUUUUGAUGGUCAUUUGUCUCUGUUUAGUAUCUGUCUCAUCCAAUUCAGAGUUGUUUAUGUCCAGUAGUAAGAAAUGUUCAUAAAGGUGUCUAGUUUACUGGCUAGGUUUUUGGAAACCCAAGCUUUUUAAUAUUUGACUGUUCAACUGUUCAUGAAAGAAAGUACCUUUCUACUCGGAGUUUAAGUUUUAGUCUACAUAGUGACCACCUAUUUAAAAAAAUAGGAUUGCUUCAUUUUCACAUUUUUCCCUUUGUCUAUCAUAAAUUUCAAUAAUCAGCCUGCUGAUUACUGGUAAAACCUGAAACAAUUUUCUGGGUGCCUUGAGUAGGAACUCUGACUUGAGUUACUAAAAUUUUUCUCUCAGGCGAAUUUCAUUUGCCAUGCCAUGUAUUGUGACUCGGUCGUAUGAUCACAUUGCAACCAAUGAAAUGCCUGGCAAAUGACAGGAGCCAUUGUACAUAGCCCCGCUAAGUUAAGGUCAAAUUUUUAGUUCUACUAGUCUCUCCAGUGAUUACUUUUUACCUAUUUCAGAAGGCUCUCCUGUAGCGCCUUUUGCUGAUUACGCUUGUUUGGAGCUUACAACUUAUCUCUUAGACUGAGCUUUUUACAGCAUGUUUCUCUUGUAAAUACUGUCCAUGUAAUAUCGUAACCUUAAUUCUUGUUAUGUACAGUUAACGUACAUGUAACUUAUGAAGAAGUUGCUACCAUUGUUCGGUCACUCUUAUGUCCUGCAGCAUCUUCCUCACUUCUCAUGAACUUUUGUCUAUGCUGUACACAAUUGUGAAAUGAAAAAUAAAUUUUCGUCAAUUGAA